AUGCCUUCCCUCUGGAAAGAAGUGCUGCUGGAGACCCUCCUGGGAUACGUUUCUUGGUCUCUCUACCAUGGCCUAGCUCCAAUGAUCUAUUAUUUUCCCCUGCAAACACUGGAACUCACGGGGCUUGAAGGCUUUAGCCUAGCCUAUCUUUCGCCGAUAUUUCUAACAGUGACUCCUUUCUGGCAAUUGGCUAAUAAGAAGUGGAUGCUAAAUCUGUUGCGGAUCCUCACCGUUGGCAGCUUAGCCUCCUUCCAGGCUCCAAAUGCCCAGCUGCGGCUGGCGGUCCUCGCCCUGGGCGUGGCUUCCUCGCUGAUCCUGCAGGCGGUAACUUGGUGCUCGGGAAGUGGGCUGCAAAGGCAUUUCCGAAUCUGGGGAUUCAUCCUGGGGCAGAUGCUUCUCCUGGUUCUCCGCACGUGGUACACGUCUCUAAACCCAGUCUGGAGCCAUCCGCUGCCCAACAGGGUGAUCCUGACAGUAAGCGCCAUUGCCAUGCUGGAUCGGAUUUACACAGAUGGUGACUGCAGGAAACCUGGGGGCAAGGAGAACGGCGAGGCAGCCAAAGGGCUGGUCUCCAGCGCUGACUGGCCGCUGACAGGAGCUGCCUGGGGCAGCCUCCUGUUCCUCACUCAUUGGAUAUUUGGAGAGGUCUCUCUCGUUUCCAGAUGGGCAGUGAGUGGACAUCCACAUCCGGGGCCGGAUCCUAACCCGUUUGGAGGCGCAGUUUUGCUGAGCUGGGCGAGCGGAUUGAUGCUUUCAGGUUGUUCGUGGUUUCCUGGUACCAGUUUAAUCUGGUGGGUUACAGGAGCAGCUUCAGCUGCAGGUCUCCUUUACCUGCCCACAUGGCCAGCUGCUGUUUCCGGCUGUGUGCUUGCCAUCUUCACGGCAUCCCUAUGGCCUCAAGCACUCGGACGUCUUAUUAGCUCUGGGUCAAGCCCUGGGAAAACCAUGACUGUUGCCAUGGCAUUUUAUCUUCUAGAAAUAUUUUUCUGUGCAUGGUGCACAGCUUUUAAGUUUGUCCCAGGAGGUGUCUAUGCUAGAGAAAGAUCUGAUGUGCUUUUGGGGGCAAUGAUGCUAAUCAUUGGGCUUGAUAUGCGACUUGGGCCUCAGAAAAGUCUUGCAGUUCUCCUUCAAACAAAACAGAGUUCCAAAAUGCUUUUCAGACAGAGUGAAAAACACAUGACACUUCUCUUGUGGCUGCUUGUUGGUAUGGGCUUGCUGGGAUUAGGACUACGGCACACAGCCUAUCAGAGAAAAUUGGUCAAAGAGGCUCCAGCCAGAGAGGUCUCUGUCGCCAUCUGGCCUUUCCGGUUUGGCUACAACAAUGAAGGAUGGUCUAAUCUAGAACGAUCAGCUCAACUGCUCAAUCACACAGGUGCAGAUUUUAUAACAAUUUUAGAAAGUGAUGCUUCGAAGCCCUACAUGGGGAACAACGAUUUAACCAUGUGGCUUGGGGAGAAGUUGGGUUUCUAUACUGAUUUUGGUCCAAGCACAAGGGAUCACACUUGGGGGAUUAUGGUUUUGUCCCGAUUCCCCAUCGUGAGAUCGGAGCACCACCUGCUUCCGUCACCAGAGGGCGAGGUUGCACCAGCCAUAACCCUGACCGUUACCAUCGCGGACCAGCCGGUGGAUUUUGUUGUGACACACUUUGGAAAUUACGAAGACGACCUGGACAGGAAACUUCAGGCAAUUGCUACUGCCAAGCUGCUGAAAAAGAGCUCUCAUCAAGUGAUCUUUCUGGGAUACAUCACCUCACCACCUGGCUCCAGAGAUUAUCUCAGGCUAAUUGAACAGGGCAAUGUGAAGGUAUCUAUCUUCACUUUCAUGAUGGGGUAUGCAAGAAUUUCUCAUGCUGAACUGAGUGAUUCUGAAAUUCAGAUGGCCAAAUUUAGGAUUCCUGAUGAUCCCAGUAAUUACAGAGACAACCAGAAAGUGGUCAUUGACGACAGAGAGGUUCCUGAGGAAAUCCGCUUCACUCCCAGAUUUGGAUCCUACAAAGAAGGCCACAAUUAUGAGAAUAACCAUCGUUUCCAUAUGAGUACUCCCAAAUACUUUUUAUGAAUAUUGAAAACAAGAAGUCAUUAAGUUGGCAAGAUGAUGGGAGGAGGGGACCUAAGGUAACAAGAAGAGACUAAAGAGAGUGGAACAACACACACAAAGGACCUCAGCUUUGAAUAAGUAUGAUUUCUACACAACGGAAGAUCCCACAUAUUUAUAAAUAUUGAUUAACAGAAGUGUUUUUACCAAUUGUUUUCAAAUUAUUGAUUGAAAACAAGA